AUGUAUCAUAAUUUAAAUGAUUCAUCUCAAUACGCUGGUACUAUCGCUGGAACAUUUUUCUUAGUUUUUAGUAUACCAUUAAUUAUAUGCAGUGGUUUUUUAACUAGUGCAUUAUUAAUUAUACAAGAAUCGAUUCAAGAUGAACGGGAUUAUCGAUGUCGUGAUCCAGAAUUUUAUAAAGAUAUUCCAUAUCCACGUCAACCAUUUAAACCAGUACCGACAACAUCGUCAUUGCCUACUCCAUAUCCUUCUGCACCUAUUCCACAAUUUGAAAAUUUUUCAAAACCUUCUCUAUCACCAAUUCCAUAUAGAAUUCCAAGUCCUCCAAGUUAUCAUUCAGCAGUUACAUUGACUAAUUAA